UCUUCUAUAUAUAUAUUGAUACAGAUUCCAGUUUUCUUCUUGAAACAUAUAACGAAAACAGAACAUCAUGGUUACGUACAAAGAGGAUUAUGUUUCAAACUCACGAGGGAUUCAACUUUUCACGUGUUCAUGGAAACCAGAGGAGCAGCAAGAACCAAAGGCUUUAAUCUUUCUCUGUCAUGGCUACGCCAUGGAAUCAAGCAUCACCAUGAGCAGCACUGCAAUGAGGUUGGCCAAUGCGGGUUUCGCUGUCUAUGGAAUGGACUAUGAAGGCCAUGGUAAAUCCGGAGGAUUAAAUGGUUACGUCAAAAAAUUUGAUGAUCUUGUUCAUGACGUCUAUUCUCAUUACUCCUCAAUUUGUGAGAGGGAAGAGAAUAAGGGGAAGAUGAGGUUUCUAAUGGGAGAAUCCAUGGGAGGAGCAGUUGUGUUACUCUUAGAGAGAAAGAAGCCUGAUUUUUGGAACGGUGCCGUUUUAGUCGCCCCCAUGUGUAAGUUAGCAGAAGACAUAAAGCCACAUCCAAUGGUGAUCUCAUUUCUCACAAAGCUAACUCGGUUUAUUCCAACUUGGAAGAUAGUUCCUAGCAACGAUAUCAUUGACGUAGCAUUUAAAGAAUCCCACAUAAGAAAACAGGUAAGGGACAAUGAGUAUUGCUACAAGGGCCGGCCUCGCUUGAAAACCGCUCAUCAACUCUUAUUGGUUAGCUUGGAUCUUGAGAAGAAUCUUGAUCAGGUAUCAAUGCCAUUUAUUGUCCUUCACGGUGAAGAUGAUAAAGUUACAGACAAAAACGUAAGCAAACUACUAUACGAGGUGGCUUCAAGUUCGGACAAGACUUUCAAGUUAUACCCGAACAUGUGGCAUGGACUUUUGUACGGAGAAUCUCCUGAGAAUUUGGAGAUUGUGUUUAGUGAUAUCAUAAGUUGGUUAAACGAUAGAGCUUCUGUCACAAACCAAAGGUUGGAGACUGAGUUAAAGCAAAUGGAUGAUGGAAUUCCUAUGCAAAAAUAAGUGUUCGUGAACUAAAACGAUGAGUUUUAUGUAUUACUAGAAGAAUGUUGUAACUUACGAUAUUAAAGAGGCUCAUUAAUC